AUGAGUGACGAGGUAGAGUUGAGCUAUGGUUCAAACCUCAAGGACGUCCAAAGAGGGUACAGCACACAUGUUGACAGCGAAGUUCUCACGCAGGAUGAGAGAGAGAUCCGUCGUAUGGGUAAGGUGUCGUUAUAUAAGCGUGUGCAUCGUGGGAGAACCAUGUUCGCGACCAGCACCUCCAUUCAAGCCAGUUGGCAAGUCUCGUUGGCGUACGUAUAA